AUGGCUAUGAAAUCAAGCAAGGUACAGGAUUAUCAUUUUGGGACAUAUCCUCGGUCUAUGAUUCGUACUUCUGACUCCAACAGUAACAACAAGCCAAGACAUGACCGAUAUGGGAAUCUUUUCAAGUCCAAAGUGCACAAAGUGAGUUUCAAGGACAAUAUCCUUGCAGAGCCUUUGUUCGUCUUGUUCGAAGUCGAACCAAUUGUAUAUCCUGAUAUAGAACCCAAACAAAAAAAGUGCUGUGCGUGUCAGAUAUUUUAG